AUGUUCGCUAAAACCGUAUUCUUGUUUUGCGCUCAAACAAUUCUUGCUCAGGUUAUUACAUGCGCAUGCUGGGGCAAUGCAUUCAACUCCGGGUGGCCCGCUGGAUGGGCAGGCGAGGGUUUGGGCUGGGCGGGUCUGGUCCUGACCGAAGCUCCUCUCAUGGAGGUAGCGCCGUGUGCCGCUGGUGCGCCAUUUAUGGGCGCUGGCUGGGCUGGCUACGGACCGCUCGGAGCAGCCGCAUCCAGUGGGGGCGGCUUCCCUACUUCGAGUGCCUCGCCUAUUCCCCCCGUGGGACUGUCCGUGGCCUCUGAUAAUGCUAUCGAAGGAAUCCUGGCUGUCGGAGGGGAGCUGCCUUUCUUAGGCACAGUGGGUUUGGAGGGCGCUUUACCUACGGCUGGUGCGGGUGCAGUGUCUUAUGGGUGCGGCAGCGGGGCAGUAGGCAUGGUGGCGGAAGACGUCGCGUUUGCGGGCGCGGGAUGGCCGGCGGCUGGACUAGGCUACGGACCGGCUUGGGCGGGAAGUCUCGGAUGGGCUGGUCGUGGCGCCGCUCCCUUCGGCUGCGGCUGUGGAGCUAUUUAA